AUGUAUAAAAUGGAAUAUUCUUACCUCAAUUCCUCUGCCUACGAGUCCUGUAUGGCCGGGAUGGACACCUCGAGCCUGGCUUCAGCCUAUGCUGACUUCAGUUCCUGCAGCCAGGCCAGUGGCUUCCAGUAUAACCCGAUAAGGACCACUUUUGGGGCCACGUCUGGCUGCCCGUCCCUCACGCCAGGAUCCUGCAGCCUCGGCACCCUCAGGGACCACCAGAGCAGUCCGUACGCCGCAGUUCCUUACAAGCUCUUCACGGAUCACGGCGGCCUCAACGAGAAGCGCAAGCAGCGGCGCAUCCGCACCACUUUCACUAGUGCGCAGCUGAAAGAGCUGGAGAGGGUCUUCGCGGAGACGCACUAUCCCGACAUCUACACCCGGGAGGAGCUGGCCCUGAAGAUCGACCUCACCGAGGCGCGAGUCCAGGUGUGGUUCCAGAACCGCCGCGCCAAGUUCCGCAAGCAGGAGCGCGCGGCCGCGGCUGCAGCGGCCGCGGCCAAGAACGGCUCUUCGGGAAAGAAGUCCGACUCCUCCCGGGACGACGAGAGCAAAGAGGCCAAGAGCACCGAUCCGGACAGCACUGGGGGCCCGGGCCCCAACCCCAACCCCACUCCCAGCUGCGGGGCGACUGGCGGCGGCGGCGGCGGCGGGCCCAGCCCCGCAGGAGCCCCGGGGGCGGCGGGGCCCGGGGGGCCGGGAGGCGAACCCGGCAAGAGCGGCGCGGCGGCGGCGGCGGCGGCGGCGGCUGCGGCGGCAGCGGCGGCGGCGGCGGCUGCGGCCGGAGGCCUGGCUGCGGCCGGGGGCCCUGGACAAGGCUGGGCUCCCGGUCCCGGGCCCAUCACCUCCAUCCCGGAUUCGCUCGGGGGCCCCUUCGCCAGCGUCCUGUCUUCGCUCCAAAGACCCAACGGUGCCAAAGCCGCCUUAGUGAAGAGCAGUAUGUUCUGA